AGUAAUAUGCCUUCAUGGCAACACCCGCCUCGAGGCAUGAAUUUGUUUGUUUGUUUGUUUGUUUGUUUGUUUGUUUGUUUUGAUGGAGAAACCCCAUCUUACAUGCAUAGCUUGCAUAGUGGUAAGGGUGUCGGAUGCAUGUAUGUAAUACUGGAUAAGCCGUAGGUUGUACAAAAGCUCAAGAUUCCAACCAAAACAGAGCCUGCCACACUUCCGCAUC